GGGAAAUUGAACAAAGCCCCCUCUUCUCUUCGCGCCAAAAUUCGCUUUGCUAUUAAAUACAAAGCCAGACAACCUCGAUUAUCUAUCAUUCCCUCGGAGGCAUCUCGUAGUUCAGCUAAUACUAGUUAGGGAGAUCGGUUUUCUUGUGGCCGCUAACUUCGAAGGUUCCGUCUUUCCUAAUACUAGUUAGGGAGAUGGCGAUGGUAGUCGCCGGAGAAAAGGAGUACAUUGCAACAGUUAGAUCAAUCGUCGGAGAUAAUGUGCUGGAAUCUGAUAUUCUCCGUGCUCUUUCAGUCUGCGGCAACAGCGUAAAUGCAGCCAUUAAGGUCAUUCUCAAUACGCCGGGGUUUAUCGCACCUUCUAUUACUGUAAAGCGGACUCUCACUAUCACUGGAGCUCGGAUUUCUACCCAGAUAAAGCAAGAGGGAUCUGAAGAUUCCAGCCAAGAUGAUCCUGUUAAAGGGUUGGAUCCCAAGAUUAGAGUGAAGGAGGAGAAUCUCGAUAUGGUUCUUGCAAGUGAAUCGUCAACAGAAAUUGUCCCUGCUAAGGGGUUGGAGUUGGCGACAAGAGUAAAGGAGGAGAAACCUGAUAUGGGUUUCGAGAAUGAAGUGCAUAUGAAAGCGGACCCUGUUAAGGAGUUGGGGGUGAUGAUCAGAGUAAAUGAGGAACCUGAUAUGGGUUCCCAAAAUGAGGCACCGAUGGAAGUCGAUCCUGUCAAGGUGUCGGAAGCGAUACUAGUAGUAAAAGAAGAGAAACCUGAUACAAGUUUCGAAAAUAAGGUAUCAGUAAAGGAAGAAACAGCGACGUCGGACAUGGCUCYGGCGUUGGUACCGAAAGGGGAUGUUAUCAUAAUUAAAGAUGAGGAACUCGAUAUGGGUCUUCAGGAUAAAGCCUCCAUGAAGAAAGAGCCAGUGCGUGCCCAUCGAGUUGAACCAGUGAUACCCAGGAAAGAAACAUCAGCAAAUACCCGCCUUCCUGCUCAUCCUCGUCCAUUCCAGGGWRGUAAAGUGAAGAAAGAAAUGAUAGUUUCAGUUCCAGUGGAGGAUGGGGAGUUUCCCGAAGAGCCAGAUUGGUUUUUGGUGGGAAGGACUACUGUGGUGGGUCUCUCAACGUGCAAAGGGAGGAAACUGCAGUUCAAUGAGAUAGUCCAUUUUGCAUUUCCUUCUGACAGAAGGAAUUACGAGAGGCAAUGGGUUAGCAACAGGGCGGCUGCUGCGGUCUCUGAAAUUGUUCGCUUCUCGACCAAGCAAAAUGGAGAGAUUGGGAGGCUGCCAAUGGAUUGGGCUAGAAUCGUAAUUCCCCUUGUAAAUUCUUCAAAGGUUAAGGUUUGUGGUCGAUGUAUAGCUACGCCAGAAAACCUUAAUUUGAUGCAAGAAAUCGUACUGUACGUAAGCUUUUACAUUCACAGUUCUAUUUUUACUGAGGGUGAUAAGUCUUCAUGGAAGUUAGAAGUUCUUCCACACUUCGACUCUACUCUUUAUCCUCUUCCUGCUCUUUUCAAAUUGCUGAAAAUUAAGCCAUAUCAGAAGGCAGAAUUUACCCCGGAGGAUCUUGACAAUCGAAAACGUUCCUUAAACCUAGAGGGUGAUUCAGAUGAAACUGCACCACUCUUUCCUCUUUUGAAACGAAAAAAGGGGGACCAACAUCCUGAGCAAAGUAACGAUGAACAAGUUAUCUCAGAGUCAGCUCUAAAUAAGCUUGUUGGUACUGCAGAUACAUACAAUUUGGAGGAAAUGGAUCCUCCAAAAACACUCACKUGUGAUCUAAGGCCAUAUCAGAAACAAGCUCUUUAUUGGAUGACAGAAGCAGAGAAGGGAAUUGAUGUUGAGCAAGCGGCCAAAACACUUCAUCCAUGUUGGUCAGCCUACCGUAUAUGUGAUAAGAGAGCAUCUGCAAUCUAUGUUAACAAUUUCUCAGGUGAAGCUACUACACAAUUUCCCAGUGCAACCAAAAUGGCUAGAGGAGGGAUUUUAGCAGAUGCUAUGGGACUUGGAAAAACGGUGAUGACAAUUGCAUUAAUACUUGCAAAUCGAGGCAGAGGAAAACCUGAUGAUGAAGAAGAUUUCAUGGUCACGGAUACUGCGGCUAAUUAUGAAAAAACAAACAGAAGUAACAAAACGUUUAAAACAAAAGCCCCAGCAACAGUGAAGGCUGGCACCCUUAUCGUUUGUCCUAUGGCUUUGUUAGGCCAAUGGAAGGAUGAAAUUGAAACCCAUUCAGAGCCAGAAUCUCUUUCAAUUUUUGUGCACUAUGGUGGGGAUAGGACCAAUGACCCAAAAGUGCUUUCAGGCUAUGAUGUGGUCUUAACGACAUAUGGAGUCUUAACUGUCGCUUACAAAAAUGAUUCAAAUGAAAGCAUUUUUCACAAAGUACAGUGGUUUAGGGUAGUGCUUGAUGAGGCACAUACUAUUAAAUCCUCAAGGACACUAGGUGCUCUGGCAGCCUUUGAACUGAAUGCACAUUGCAGGUGGUGCCUUACGGGUACUCCUUUGCAGAAUAACUUGGAGGACCUCUACAGCCUUUUACGCUUCCUGCAUGUUGAGCCAUGGUGCAACUGGGCAUGGUGGCACAAGUUAAUUCAAAGGCCUUAUGAAUCUGGAGAUGAAAGAGGGCUGAAAUUGAUUAAGGCUAUCCUAAGGCCAUUGAUGUUGAGGAGGACUAAGGAAACAAAAGACAAAGAAGGAAGGCCCAUUCUUGUUCUCCCUCCAGUUGACAUUAAAACCAUUGAGUGUGAACAGUCUGAAGCUGAACGAGAUUUCUAUGAAGCACUCUUCAAGAGGUCCAAGGUCCAAUUUGACCAGUUCGUGGCACAAGGAAAGGUUCUCCAUAACUAUGCGUCUAUUCUUGAGCUGCUACUUCGGUUGAGGCAGUGCUGCAAUCAUCCAUUUCUCGUUAUGAGCCGGGGUGAUUCUCAACAGUAUGCAGACUUGAAUAAGCUCGCGAGGCGGUUUCUUGAGAUCAAUUCUGAUUUUGCCAACCCAAACCAGAUGCUCCCCACUCGAGCUUAUGUGGAAGAGGUUGUUGAGGGCAUCAGGCGAGGAGAAAACACUGAGUGUCCCAUCUGCCUGGAGUAUGCAGAUGAUCCUGUGCUGACUCCAUGUGCACACCGGAUGUGCAGAGAGUGCCUCCUUUCGAGCUGGCGGACCCCAUCAAAUGGGCUCUGUCCAAUUUGUAGGAUGCCGUUGAAGAAGAAUGAACUCAUUACGUGUCCAUCAGAAAAUCGUUUCCGGGUUGAUAUUGAGAAAAACUGGAAAGAGUCAUGCAAGGUUUCAAAGCUCCUUGAUUGCUUGGAGCAUAUACGUCGUAAGGGUCCUGGUGAAAAGAGCAUCAUUUUUAGUCAGUGGACUUCAUUUUUUGAURUACUGGAGAUCCCUUUAAGGAAGAAAGGAAUUGGAUUUUUGAGGUUCGACGGAAAAUUGAGCCAGAAGCAGAGGGAAAGGGUAUUGAGGGAGUUCAGUGAGACCAAUGAAAGAAGGGUGCUACUAAUGUCGUUAAAAGCAGGAGGUGUAGGCCUAAAUCUGACUGCAGCAUCUAAUGUCUUUCUAAUGGAUCCAUGGUGGAACCCAGCAGUUGAGGAGCAGGCAAUAAUGCGAAUUCAUCGAAUUGGGCAAAAGCGCAGGGUUUGUGUAAGAAGAUUCAUUGUUAAGGACACUGUGGAGGAGCGCCUGCAACAGGUUCAAGCGAGGAAACAGCGCAUGAUUGCAGGGGCCCUCACUGAUCAGGAAGUUAGAACAGCCAGGAUUGAAGAGCUCAAGAUGCUAUUUAGAUAAUUUAGUUCUACGGAUAACAGUAAAAGUGUAAAUAUGAAAGUAAAAGGAAGAAAAAAUAUAUGGCCCUUGUACAUAGAACCAAAUUUUGUGUAAAUUUGUUUGGUUUCAAUCCCUCUUCCUAUUUAUUUUUGGUUAGCAGAGCCCUAAAAUGGCUUGUAAAUUUUGUUUGAUUUUUCAUGGCUCUUUCUGGAUUUGGUCACUGUUACCAAUUUUCUCCCCUGUUACAAAUACUAACAGUUUCUUGGUCAAGAUUCAAGACUUCCAUGAGC